UCGCUACGCAUCCACAAUCCUGCACUACUGCUACGUGAAGUUUCUACCAGAAUCGAUCGCUGACGCAAAAAAAAAAAGAAAAAAAAUACAGGCUGUGUGAUCAGGAAGUGAACGAAGAGUAGGCUAAUAGGAAGCAAGCAAACAGUAACGUAUAUUCGAUUCAAAUGAAACUCCACGUUUUGUGGAGGACUAGCGAUUUCAAACGCGCUCGUAUCAUAUUAGAAUUUAUUUGUAGCCAUUUCGUUAGACCGAGUCAGUCAGUUCGAAUAUCAAACUAACAUUUCCGCAGUCCUUGGCUGUGUGAACACAAGAACUUCAGGUUUAAAAUGAAAGUGAAACAACUGUUAAAUUUGGUCUGAAGUCUAACAGUAUCGGGUUACGGGAAAAUAUUUUUAUUCCAAGAUUCUUUAAAAUUGCAACUUUGUUCCACGGAUACAGCGAAGAUGGAUACGUUUUCCCCUGUGUUGCUCCAGAUUUCUGAAGAUCUGAGCCCAGAGAAUGUUGAACAAAUUAAGUUCUUGUGCCCGGAUAUAGGAAAGAAGAGGCUCGAGAAGAUCAACAACGGGAUUCAACUGUUCCAAUGCCUGCGGGAAAUGAACAAGAUAGGGCCUGACAACACGAAGUUCCUCCGAUCCCUGUUAAACAGUAUUAAGAGGGCCGACCUCCUUGAAAUAUUAUCCAACUUUGAAACUUAUGGAUCCGGCCCGCAGGAGGUCCAACUUCAUCCCGAUGAGCGAGCAAAACUGGAUAUUGCGACAGAUGUACUUUCGGAACAACUGGGAAAGAACUGGCGAAGGUAUGGUCGAAAACUAGGAAUUACAGACCCCAAACUGGAGCACAUAUCAGUAAAACACCCCUUCGACCUACAAGAGCAGACAGUUGCCCUUUUGAGGGAGUGGCGGAAGAUGCGGGGAGCAGAGGCAAAGGUUGACGAUUUGAUAAAAGCUCUUCGAUCCUGCGAUUUGAACUUAACCGCUGAUCAGCUGAGUAGAAAGCUCACGGAGGAACCACAUUGACAUCAGAGUUAUUUUCUUUCCCCAAUGUUUCCUUGGACAAUGAAAUUACAGAAUAUAUUUAGGUUUAUGUUAAUCAAGCAAGAUUUUCUUUAUUUUUAAAGCCAUUUAGUAGGCCUAACCUAAGGUUAAUAACAUUACAUGCUCUACUCUUCAAGGGGUUUCGAAGUAUCGAUAUCUUAUGUAUCGAUUGCUUAGGCCUUUGUAAGUUUUAUUGAAUAAUUGCACGGUUUCUUAAAGCCUCUAGGUGGCGCUGGUGAUCUUUUUCAAAAUAUGGAAAACCAAUAGGCUUUUUCAAAAUCACUAAAUAUUGAAAACCAAUAGGUUAUUUGUUUUUCUAGAGGUAGAAUAAAUGGCACAUUUGUUGGUUUGCCUUAACUUUGUAAUAUAGCCAACAAAGUAUGCUACAACAUUCUAUCUAUAUCUCAUUGUACAUCUUAUUUUCUCUACUGCACGCACAUUAUAUGUAUUAUCCUUAAUGUGAGUAAUUCUCUGGUUCGAAUCUGAUUACCAUAGUGGCUCUGUAAUGUCUCAGGUUGCUCUACAUAUAGUGUGGCUGCUUUACAUAGGGUGCCAUAGAAUGUCAUAAUUUUCUGUGAAAUUAAAAAAUAAAGGGAUGUUGAUAUUGAAUACACCAGUUUCAAUUUGUGUUACUGGCUUUGGUUACAGUUUUAAAUUGUAUUAAUACCCUUAGUCGCGUGUGUGUCACAGGCAUUGCUCUUAUCAGGUGCACCUCUUUCUGUUUGGUGAAACGUUGGGUUCAAAUGCAUGUUAUAAUAGAAAAGUCAGUAACUAUUUUCAUACAUUGUGUUUUCUCUAUUGAGCUAUUGUCAAGUAUUUAUGCUGAAUUGAAACAAUUGGGUGCAUAAUUGAAAAAGGAAAUUGCACUGAUAUGAGCCAAUGAUAUGAGCCAAUCAUAGUGUUCGCAGAAUGCUUGGAUGAAAAUCUUCUGUACAUGAGUCAAUGUCCAUUCCUUGCCCCUGAAAUGAAUGACAGCAUGUGAGAGGUGGGUGUGUGUUUUGAAAGAAAUAAAACAAAACAAAUAUAA